AAUGCAUCCUCUCUCGAUCCCCUCUUCCCAUAUUGAUAAUAUGAGAUUUUAAACAAAAUUCUUGGAAACAAGAAUUUCAUUUUUAGCACCACUGUGGUUAUUCAUCUUAUUUUAUCUUUAAAGAAUAAUGAAACAAUGUGGUUUACAAAAAAGAAGUAAAUACAAUAAGCUACCAUCACUUUAAAUGAAUAAAUAAGUUAGCAGUAACCAACAAUCCUGUCUUAUUUUUCUAUUUUACUUUAAAUAAGUGAAUAAGUAAGCUAUCAAAAAAUUCAAAGUAAGAAAUGCUGGUAGUAUCCGUUUAGUAUUGAGGGCCAUACUAGUCUUUUUUUCUGGACUUCUUCAUCUAAUAAAUCGCACUAUAAUAUUGACUACCAAAACAUAUGUCUUGAUUACUUGGCUAAAUAACUUCUAAUUUAAUUUAAAGAGCAAAUCAGUUAGGAAAAUGAGAAACCAUGGCUUCUUCUCCCAAAACCCAUCUCUCAAAUCACCUCCACAGCCUCCUCCAUACCCAAACUUGACCAAAUGUGGCGAUUUGGAGGGCAGGGUGUCCCAAACACUCGUUUGUGACAUCCAAAACACAUUGUUAGCCAAAUCCCAGUCUUUCUUCCCCUAUUUCAUGCUUGUUGCUUUUGAAGGUGGUAGCAUCAUAAGGGCACUCCUCUUGUUCCUAUCCUCCCCCAUCCUGUUUCUUUUGGACUAUGAGCUCAAACUAAGGGCAAUGGUCUUCAUCACCUUUUGUGGGCUUAAAGUGAAGGACAUGGAGGGGAUCAGUAGGGCUGUUUUGCCCAAGUUUUAUCUUGAAAAUCUCAAUCCCAAGGUGUACGAGGUCUGGGCCUCAACUGGGAACAGGGUUGUUUUCACUAGUGUCCCAAGGGUUAUGGUGGAGGGGUUCUUGAAGGAGUAUUUGGGUGUGGGUGAUGUUGUAGGGACUGAAUUGCACACUGUGGGGCAGUAUUUCACUGGACUGAUUUGUGGGCCUGGUUUGGUUGUGAAGCACAUAGCCAUUAAGGAAUUCUUUGGAGAGAAAAAGCCUGAUGUUGGGAUUGGGAGUUCAAGUCCUCGUGAUCACCUCUUUCUCUCCCUUUGCAAGGAAGCUUAUGUGGUGAACAGCACUGAAGACAACAACAUCAAGGCUGGGGCUAAUUCAGCAAUUAUGCCAAGAGACAAAUACCCAAAGCCUCUUGUAUUUCAUGAUGGGAGGCUAGCUUUCCUGCCCACACCCUUUGCAACUCUUUCCAUGUUCAUGUGGCUCCCGCCAGGAAUAAUCCUAGCCAUUUUCAGGCUCUUUGUGGGCAUCUUUUUGCCCUACAAAAUGGCCAUUUUCUUGGUCACUUUGAGUGGCGUGAGAAUAAGGGUCAAAGGGCUCAACCAUUCUGGUACAGAGGGUGGGAAGAAAGGUCAUGUGCUUUAUGUUUGUACCCAUAGGACCCUUUUGGACCCUGUGUUUCUUAGCACAUCACUUGGGAAGCCCUUGACUGCAGUCACUUACAGCCUCAGCAAAAUGUCUGAGUUCAUAGCACCUAUAAGGACAGUUAGGUUGACCAGAGAUAGAAAGCAAGAUGGUGAAACAAUGAAGAGAUUGCUCAGUGAAGGCGAUUUGGUGGUGUGCCCGGAAGGAACCACAUGCAGGGAGCCAUACCUCUUGAGGUUCAGCUCACUGUUUGCCGAACUAACUGAUGAAAUCGUGCCUGCGGCUAUGAACACCGAGGUGACCAUGUUCUACGGGACUACAGCCAGUGGCCUCAAAUGCCUGGACCCAAUCUUCUUCUUGAUGAACCCCAGGCCCAUCUACUACAUCCAGGUCCUCGGGAAAGUGCCCCGGGAGCUAACCUGCGCCGGCGGGAAAUCCAGCUUCGAAGUGGCCAACUACAUACAGAGGCAAUUGGGCGAUGCUUUGGGCUUUGAGUGCACUAAUCUCACCAGGAAGGACAAGUACAUGAUGCUUGCAGGGAAUAAAGGGGUGGUCCUCCAAGAUAAGAGAAGGUGACCCUAAUUAAAUUCAAAAAACUAGUAUUUAAUUAUCAAGCUUCUGGAAAUUCCCAUUUCAUCAUUCAUUUAUUUUGUUUUUGUUUUAAAAAAGAAGAAGAUAUCUAGGGUUUAUGAUCUAUGUGGUAGAUUUUUGGGACAUUUUUGUAAAGUUCUUGGGGUAUUUGGUAUAUGUUUCUAUCAAUUGUUAUUGCCAGAUGUUACUAUAUAAAGAGAUCUUGGAUCGUUUUUACAA